AUGUAGUAGUAUGUUAGCAAUAUAAAUAAUACAUUCAUCGUUUCUUCUGCUUUUUUAUUUAUUGAUUCAUCAUCGACUUUUACUCAGAAAUUGAUUAUUUUAUUAAUUGAGUCUUUACUUCUGCUACGUUAUCAGAACUAUGCUGCCAUCUACUCAAAACAAGUAAAAUAACGCUUUGUGAAAGGUGUAAACGUUCAACACUACAGUUGUAAACAUAUUUUUUUCCUUACUUCUUUUAAACUUCUACAUAUCUGUGAUAUAAAAAAAAAAGUAACUGUACUAAGUAUAUAAUAGUAGUCGUGAUAAAAUGAUUACAAUUACGCAUUAUAAUGUAUCAUAUUACGAAACGUCUGGUGCUAAACUUUAACCUUAAAUAGUUGACAAGAGAUGUGAUUGUAAUUUUCGAGAUAACAUGUCUGUUUUAUUAGUUAAAAAAGGGAAUUAAAAAUGUAUAAUUCAACGGGAACUCUUUCUCCUCAAGACAUUUUAGCGGAAGUUAGGAAAUUUAUUUCCGGAGCAGUUAGACCAACUCACAGUACCAGCACUCUCGAUGUCACUCGAACAGCAUUAUCUCUCCUCCGAAAUGUACCCGCGACCAGAGACGCAGUGCUCGAGUACUUUUGCAAUGUGUUUUUCGUUGCAGUUACUAAACACGUCCGUCAGAUUGAAACGAAUCAAAACCUGGUUAUAUGUGAAGAGUCUAUUAUAGCAGAAAUACAUGCCGUUCUGAGUGGUUUUAUUAAUGGAAAUCCAGAAGCAUGGGCUCCAAUCAUCUCUGCGUGGUCAUUGGAAUUGUUAGGUAAACUGUCCUCUGAUUACGCAAAGCGCGGUAAUCUGCCUGUUAAUGCUGGAAUCAAUGAUUUUCUUCAACAAUGGAUGUCCUGCCGUGCUACUCGUACGCUAAUUGAUAUCACAGCUCAGUGUCUGCAAUGCCUCAUGCAUUCCGAUACAGAAUCGUGCAUUAAAGCAUUGCUAGACACUAGUGUUCUGCACAGUCCUCAUUUUGAUUGGGUAGUUGCCCACGUUGGCAGUUGUUUUCCAAAUACCGUUAUUACCAGGGUACUGUCUUGCGGCCUGAAGGAUUUUUGUUCCAUGGGCUACGAACAUAAUGUGAAGAAUCCUAAAUUGAAUUCAGUAGUGGGGAUUCUGGGACACUUAGCCGGCAGUCACUUUCAAGACAUUAGAACAGCAUUACUAGAUUUAUUUAAAUGGAGUUUAAACGAAGAAACGAAUAUGGAUGAAGACAUGAAAAAGCAGAAAUUAGCUACCGUUCCGUUUCUCUUAAAUCUGGCCUCUUUGUCGCAAACUCUUCUAAAAGCGAUAACAAGCGACGUGUUACAAACUCUGAAGCCAGAUAUAAUUCCUCGACUGGCUUUAUUUGCAACAGAUUGGUGCAAAUACUUCGAUAAUCAACCAAAAGCUCUAAUAGACUUGACUGUACAUUUAGUUUUAGGAUGCGAGCAAGGAGCGUCACAAAUAAUAAAUAUAUUGCUAGAUACUGCUUUGAAUACAAGCAACGUUGGCUAUCACAGCGUAAACGCAACGCAAAGUGUAAAAAGCGUAUGUAGCGAAAUCUUGGAAUUGGUAUUGCAAGAGAUCGAUCUCCUUUUAAGGACACAUGGGCCACAGUCUGCAAAUAUUGCUUUGCUGAGCUCUAUUAAACAAGAGUUACCAGUAAUAUUGCCACUACUUUUAAAUGAAAACCCGUUGCGGGUUCAAACAGCCGUUCGAUUAUUAUGCUUCCUGGGAAGUCAAAGUCCUAACAUAUUGAUAUCCGCUGCCUCGUAUAUGUUGGCCAAGUCGGUAACAAACUUCCACCUAGCAGCUUUAAUACGUCUCGUUUGUAACAAUGUUGUUCUCUUUCCAUCUAACAAGUCUGAAACCAAAAAUAUAUUAGCCAGUCACGGAUACUUCACUCAAGUAAUAGAACAAGCGCUCAGAGAAAUAAAUUAUAAAAACGUUUUGGAGAAACUGGAAAGGAGGCAAUUUUUUCAAAAUUUAACCACGUUAUUGAAGUGGGAGAAAUCUAAUAAAGCAUCCAUCUUCCGGUCGAAGAUGAUCACGCAAGCAAUAAAUUCGAAUUUACACCAGAUUUCGUCUUUGUUAACAAAAACAUAUGAUUUCGAUCUAGCCAAUGAUAUCGUGAAAAUGUUGGACUUAUUCAGUGCACCUGAGCAAAAUAAUUUCCUACCUAAUGUGGAGCUUACCCUGAAGUUAACCAGAGCUGUGAUUCAAUAUUUCUUUUUGUGUAUAGCUGAGGAAGAUAUAACGAAGAAACAACAAGGUGUAAAAAUGAUUUGUCAUUUGUUAAAAAAUUACACCUGUUACUCUCCUUGCGCUAGAGUUUUGGCGUUGAGGGAGAUCCUGGGACAUAGCAUUAACAAUGAUCCCGCCAAAUAUUUCGGAGCUAAAGAAAAAUUCGAACCGAAGUUCGAGGAAAUGUUGCUUUUGCAUCAAAAUCACAAACAGGUCACCAGUACCAUGUUGGCUCAAAAACAUUCUUCGGUAUUUCAUGCCGGUGUGAUUGGUCAUGGUCCACGAAAGCCACCACCUGAAAACACAGUUGAUAAAGAAACUAUUAAUCUGAAUAAAAUGUUACUGAUGGACGUGAUAAAGGCCUGUUGCAGCACUAAGGGGUUGGAACGAUAUCCUGUGAACCUGGAUGCCUUGACUGUAGUUAGUUUACUUUUGGUCGAAUUAGUUUCGCCUGAUGUCAUGUAUAAUGGACUACCGUGGCCUGAUGAAGAAUUUACAAAGGUGACCAUAGAAAGAGAUUUACAAAUUCGGAGGACAUUUAGGGAUGUGCCGUUAUUAUGGACACUAUUAGAGUUAACAGCCUGGUACAGGCCUGCUUUGGCUUAUUGUUCGGUUUUAUUAAGGGGUAUUGCCGCCACUGUGAUGGCCAAUUGGAACACGGAUGAAGGUGUUUCUCUAGUUAGUGUCAUGGCGCUUGGUCAAUUACUACCGCCACCAUUGGCAAGCAUAAGAGACAUUUUGCCCGUUUUAGAACAAUACCAGAUAAAUACCAUUAUGAAGGAGUGUGUGUGGGCUUACAUGCGUGAGAACGUCCCAUCGCCAGCCUUAUUCACUCGCAGCGAAGGUGCAAACAUCGCUUGGAGAGAUACAGACACGUCCAUGCCAAAUGUGCGGUUUACAGAAACGCUUCGAUUAGUUUUGUUAGCUAAUAUUCAUACAAUGGGCCCGCUUUACGCUACCCUAUUUUAUAAUGACAAUAAAUAGGUGAAAAAGGAAACG